GCACACGGACACACUUAUGCUCAUGAAUGAUCCCCCCCACCCUCCACCUCCAAACGAUCCUAAUGCAAUAGCAUGCCUCCUCUGGUCCCUGUUUCUCUCUGGAGGAAGCUGUAAUAGCUAUGAGCUGUGUACACUGCUUUGCUUAGCCAGAUUUUCGUAAUGCUUGGUGAUAUGAAAGAGGUUCAUAGCUGUGUCUUAUCUCUGCCUGAUUUAACUCUUCUGGUUGCCACCAACGCAUGGUGACUUUUGCUCUUUUUUGCUGGGCUGCAGUCCUCUCUCACUACAAACUCUGCAUUGGAUGGCCUUAUCUGUCACUCAGAACCCAGGGAGUGGUGUAUUCCAGGGGGAUAACAUUAUCUGAGACUUGCCAGGCACCUCUUUCACAGCAGCAAGUUUGACUUGGCUUGUCUAAACUCCCUGAUCGGUUGUUAGGACUCAUGUUGAGGAGUCAAUCUCGCUACGCUGGAAAAUCUUUGCCCUAUUCGCGAUUUGUUCUUUCAACUUUUGAGGACUCAGAAAAAUGCUCAGACCAUUGACUUUGCAAGCUACUGAGAAGCCGUUUUCUGAACGAAUUCACGCCGAGGAGCUUGUGUUUGAUACCUCUUCUCCAUCUGACUGCGAGCCUCCAGUCGUGACAACAGGUCUACCAGCGAGGGAUGAUCAGACAAGGGCAAUUUGUAUAGAGAAGAUUUUUUUCAAGCUUUUUUGUCUGCUUCAUCUGAUUGGGAGAGCUGUUCGGAUUCAAAGUGAAAUUUACCCUACUACGAAACCUAGACCCAGAAGGGGGUUUAGGAUUUCCUGAAAAGAGGAAACAGGUAGGGUCAAAAUGGCAAAAGAUAUUUGAAGAUGCAAAAAAAAAAAAGGGGGAAACUGGAGAUGGAAAUACAGAGGAACAAAAGGAGUUUGGGGAAAGUGGAAUAGAAGGAACUGCUCCUAAUUUCAUUGUAACCUAAUGCUUUCAGUCUCUAAAAGCAGCCGUGAAGGGGAACAAAACAGUGGAACUGAGAGUGGACACUAAGCAGGCCUUAUGUGCUAUCACAUGUUAUCCCCGUGUUUGCGUGGGUUUCCUCCAGGUACUCUGGUUUCCACAACCCAAAAACAUGCUGAUCUUACAGGUGAAUAAGGUGAUGUCCUUCCUGUUCUGUGUGAUGUUUCUUCCUUAUCUUUGUGGCAUCCACGCUACCACCAUGGAUAAGAGUAAUUUGCCCGAAAACUCAAUGAAUUCUUUCUUUAUAAAGCUCAUGCAAGCCGACCUUGUAAAAAAUAAAGCUUCCAAGCAGGUGGCCAACACCAAGGAAAACCACCAACAAAAUACAAUACCAAAGACAGAAAUCCUUGUUGACUUGGAUAUGGUUGAUGACAGCCUUGAAAGUGGAAAAUCAGACUUUCAGCCGAUCCACUCAUUGGAAGCAGAACUAUUUAAGCAUCAGCGUCAGAGACGUUAUAAUUCGCCACGCGUGUUCUUGAGUGGAGACUUACCAAUGGAACCUCCACCUUUGUAUCUAAUGGAUGACUUUGUAGGACACUCUCCUUCAACAAACAGGACGUCACGGAGGAAAAGGUUCGCAGAGCACAGGGGCCACCGGGGAGAAUUUUCUGUGUGCGACAGCGAGAGCUUAUGGGUCACAGACAAGUCAAAUGCCGUUGACAUUCGGGGGCACCAAGUAACUGUUUUGGGGGAAAUUAAGUCUGGCAAUUCACCGGUCAAGCAAUAUUUUUAUGAGACAAGAUGUAAGGAUGCGAGGCCGGUCAAAAAUGGAUGCCGAGGCAUUGACGACAAACACUGGAAUUCUCAAUGUAAAACAUCCCAAACUUAUGUCCGAGCAUUGACUUCUGAAAACAACAAACUGGUGGGAUGGAGGUGGAUCAGGAUAGACACAUCUUGCGUUUGCGCGUUAUCGAGGAAAAUCGGGAGAACAUAGCUUCAACUUUUCAUUAUAUAAAUUAUUACUUUAAAUUAUAUAAUAUGCAUGUAGCAUAUAAAUGUUUAUAUUGUUUAUAUAUUAUAAGAUGUUCUUAUUUAUUAAAUUUCAGCAAACUUAUAUAAGCUUUAUCUCCCCUCCAAACAGAUCCUAAGGUCUGUGCCUCCUGUCGGGCAUUUCUUAAAACAAACAAGCAAAAAAAAGUACACUUCUGAUUCCACUGCGAGCAGUAUAUAUGACCCAAAACUAUAUGUCAGUAUUUGUCAUACAGUAUUUUCUUUGCCAGUGACUGUCUUUUCAGACUUUUCAAAUUCAACUAUAUCAAAGAUGUAUAAAUUGUAUGCACAUUAUAUUCAAUUUCAAUAUAUUUUACCUCGAUAAUUAAAAAAAAGUAAUAUUAAAAAGAAAAUACAAGUUCCAUUGCAAAACAAAUGGUAAGAUUCCAGUGAUGUUAUACAUUACUUAUUUUGCUCUUUUGUAUAUAUAAGAUUUUGUUUUAUCUACAUAGACUUUUUAUAAUUUUGGAUUUCUAAAAAAUUGUGCAUUUUUAGCCCGAGAUAGAUGCUAUUGUUGAUGGAAUUUGCUAUAAAGUGGGUCACGUUACUGCCAAGCUUAACUACCUUAGAAGAAUUAAAAAUAAAUAAACAGUCUAUAUAUAUAUAUGUGAAAAAUGAUCCUAGAAAAAGAAAGAUGUUAAAUUUGCCACAGUACAUAUUAAGAGCAUAUUCUUAAAAUAUUAUUUUUUGGGCUUUUAGAUUUGAAAAUGUCAUUUGGACUGUACUUUUAAACAUGCAUAAAAACGGUUAUUUUGCAA